UCCCAGCUGAAACUAUUUUGUUUUGGUCCUCCGCCUAGCCAGGCUCAGCUAGGCACCCCUUGUCUGUGCAGGUUUUUUCUGACCUCCUUAACAAAAUGAAGAAAUUUUUUGACGACAUUAAAAAAGACAUGAAAUUUAAAUCCGCAGGACCUGGGAAGAAGCUAACGGAAGAAACAAGUGCCAACCCCAGGGUGGUGCAGAGCACCUCCAGUAGCAAAAAGAAUCGCUAUGCUCCCAGCGAAGGAGCCCAGAUGGCUGGAGCUGCAGCCCUUGCCAGGAUUGAACAGAAGCAGCGGCCGAAGGUGCACACCUCCCAGGACGCCAUCAGGAACCAGGUUAAAAGAGAACUGGAGGCCGAGGCAGCUGCAGUGGCUGAAAAAGAGAAGGCAGCAACAGCAGAGGGAUCCAAAAUUCCAGUGAAAGAGCUCGCCUGUCUCUCCGUGUCAGGUGUGUACUUCACGUGUCCGCUGACCGGAGCCACGUUAACUAAGAGUGAGAGGGAAGUACACAUCAAAGAGGCCAUUUUCAUGCGCUUUGAGGAGGAUGCUGUCGAGGCCUCUGUGAUGAUGGUGCACACGUUUAACAAAGACAAAGAGAAGGUGAAGGUGGCUGUGGACAUCAUAAGCAAAUACAUUGAAAACAUAUGUAAGGCCCCCAAAGAGGAGAAAUACAGGAAGAUUAAACUCAGUAACAAGGUGUUCCAGGAGAAAGUGCGUCCUGUGGAGGGCAGUAGAGAGUUCCUACAGGCUUUGGGCUUCAUCAGCGUCAUGCUUCCCAUAGAGGGCCAAGAGGAGGAAGAGGAGUUCCUGGUGCUCCCGGAGCAGAGUCCAGAUGACCUGGAGCUGUUGAAGGAGAGGAGGGAUCGUCUUCAGAGGGGAGAGCCGGUCCGAGCACAGCUGGACAGGCAGCCUCAGGCUUUCAGAUCCUCUCCUAACGCGCAGCGCUUUGAGCUGCCGCCCGAGUUCUACAACCUGACGGCGGAGGAGCUCAAGAGGGAGCAGCAGCAGAAGAGUGAUUUGGUGGAGAAGAACGCCAUGCUGCGCACUAAAGCCAUGAGGGAGAAGGAGGAGCAGAGGGAGAGAAGAAAAUACAACUACACCCUGCUCAGAGUCAGGCUGCCUGAUGGAAACCUGCUGCAAGGGACCUUUUACGCCUGGGACCGGCUGCCUGCGCUGUUUGGGUUCGUCAGGGAGUGUCUGGUGGACGGCUGGCAGCCCUUUGAACUCAUCGCUCCCGGAGGUCAGAAGCUACAAGAAACCGAAGAAGUCGCUCUUGCGGAGUGUAACUUGGUCCCUGCCGCCCUGCUCACGUUUUCCUGGGAUGCUGCUGUGCAGGCCGAUAUCGCAGCAGCAGGAGGACGGAGCCCCACCCUCCUCAAACCCGAGCUGCUGGAAAACAUCCAGACCCUGAGCUGAGCAGACCUGUGCUCUGUCCCAGAACUCUCCCUGCUAACUCCCCUCUUUCCCCCGCAGCGCUGGGAGCCUAACUGCCCCCUGAUUAACGACAACACUUACUUUUACAAAUUCGGAGUCGGUAGCAUUGAUAGAGUUGGGGCGGCUUCGCCCCGAAACCAUUGGCUCAGCCUAGUCUGUGUGUGUGUGUGUGUGUGUGUGUGUGUGUGUGUGUGUGUGGGUGGGGAUGUGGCCCUGGAGCCUGCCUCAGCAGCACAGUGUUGAAGGAAGCACUACCGACAGGGACACAGCAAAGGGACGUGUUUGUUUUUUUUUUGUUGCACCCUGACCAAACUCUGUGGCGGCAGUCCUCUGUGCUCGACCCAACCGUCAGCCAGUCAGGUGUACUGUACGUGGCAUCAUUGCAUUUUAACUGGGUCACCACUUCCUCUUUCUUUUAAGCAUAGCAGAAAACCAAGUGCAUCGAUGGCUGUUAAUGUGUCAGCGCCUGCUGCGGUUUUAAAGGCUGCUGGAUGUCAGCGCGCCGGCUGUACCUGUGACUGAGUCGCUCUCCGCUUCGUUCAGCGGUGUUUCAAAAUGUGCGUAGUGUGUGUGUGUGUGUGUUACCUGAUGGUUGUCUGGUCUGAUUUUGUGUGAUAUGAGUCUGGCUCCACCACCGCAAAACAUACAUAAGCUUCUGCUGCCUGCUUGUCCCCUGCGCUGCAGUGGCCUUGCACUCCUCGGUGUUGUACGACACACUCGCUUCUGGGGUGGCGCCGAUGCGAGCACAAACCAUGUGUCAUAAAUCUAACUCGUCCUUCUGGAUGCUAGCAUUAAGGUCUGAGAUUCCACAUAAUGUCCCGAUGAAGGAGUCUUUGUAGGAGCGUUAGCUGCGUGAUACUUGCACCGAAAUAUUUUCAUGUAUUUUAUUAAGUGUUCUGAGCACUUUGAAGGACUAUUUAAAGGUUUACAUAACACUGUAGGUGUAAAGAGCAUCCCAAGUGUAAAGUUGUACAGAAGCCUCAAUCAUUACUGUAGCCACAGGACGCAAGCGAUAAGAUGGUUUAAUUGUAGAGAUCAGUGCAGAAGCUUCCUGCCGAGUCAUGAUUUUCAUUUCUGUUGCUGAGACUGGCAGCACGGCCUCCUGUUGUAUUGAAAUCGGUGGCUUUAAUUAUUGUCCCGUCUUGUAUUUGUUUGUAUCAAACACAUUUCAGACACACGGGGAGUUUGUGAGAACAGCAGCGUUAUCACCGACUACCCCAAAUGGACCCUGCGGCAACUUAAAGGUGUGACGUAAACUACUCCAGUAUUGUGUUUUCAAAGCAUCCAUUCCCUCCGAAUGUUUCAUUUAAGGUUCACAUGUUCACGUAGGCUCUGCUCUACGCGAAUUCAUUUCUCCUGCUAGCGGUUGGUUAAGAUGACAACGACCUACCUCUCAUCAUUCGUGCUAAUACAUCACAGGCUGCACACAAACACAUGACAGAUCACGGUUUGGGUGAGGGUUUGCUUUUUACUCAACAACUACAAGGUGUUCCUUUGUUUGUUGUACACCAACUAUACAACAAAUCCAAACAGCGGUUGUUAACAAGGUAAUAUAAUGUCUCCCAGCAUGGCCACAUUAGCCAUAAGCGACUUUUCUGCUGUCUUCUUAAAUCUGUCCAAUCUUUUAUCUGCAUUGUAACCCCUCACGAAGUAAUUAGUAAGUAGUUGUGAUCUGACCAAAUGUCCUGUUCUGACUUGUGCUGUGUUGCUUUUGAAGCUGCCUGUAAUAAAGUCUGCUUGCACUGAA